AAAUUUAAAGAAAGAAGGUGGGAGAUUCUAGAGAGAGAGAGAGUAAAGGCCCUUAACCCUGGUAUUUAAAGAGGCUAAAAAUCUGUCAAUGAUUAAAAACUCGAAGAAAAGCUUAACGGGAGGUCCUUCCAAGUUCCAUCGAUCCAUCCCCAACCUUUCGAUUCUUCUUUUCCAUUUUUAUUAAAGAAAAUUGCGGAUUUUGUUUUCUGAGAUGGGCCCUCAAUAAGCCUUUGUGCUAUAUAUGAUUUGUAUUGCUCACUCAUGCUGUAAUGUUUAUGUGAAUGAGUUGUGCCUUUUUCUCCAGUUUCGAAGCUCUAGCCGUUUAGCUUCUAACUCACGUUAUACGUGACUGCCUAUAUAAACCCCCCCAUAUCUCACUCUCAUUUCCUCACAUCCAGUCCCCCUUCUUGCUCUUACUAAAUUGGGCAAUCUAGUUUCCUACUGAGUUUGUGAUGAACAUGGUACAAGAUUUAAGUCUUUCUAGUUUAGUAGUGAGGGAGUUCGACCGGAACAAGGACUGUUCAGGCGUCGAAGACGUCGAGAGGCGGUGCGACGUCGGCCCCACCGGCGAGGUCUCCCUCUUCACCGACCUCCUCGGCGACCCGAUUUGCCGAGUCCGAAACUCUCCUGCCUUUCUCAUGCUGGUCGCUGAGCUGGGCCAGGAGAAAGAGAUAGUGGGGAUGGUAAGAGGCUGCAUCAAAACCGUUACAUGCGGCAAGAAACACUCUAGAAAUAGUAAAAACGUUACAGUUAGCCACCGCAAUAAUAAUGAUGACGAUAAUAUCAAACCGGUCCCGGUUUACACCAAGCUCGCUUACAUCUUAGGCCUUCGCGUUUCUCCUUCUCACAGGAGGAUGGGAAUAGGAUUAAAGCUGGUGAAGAGAAUGGAGGAGUGGUUCGCAGAAAACGGCGCCGAGUACUCGUACAUGGCCACCGAAAACGAUAACCAAGCUUCCAUUAAGCUCUUCACCGGAAAAUGCGGCUACGCCAAGUUCCGUACGCCCGCUAUUCUCGUCAACCCGGUCUUCGCUCACCGGGUCAAGGUCUCGAAACUCGUGACAAUCAUCAAGCUAGCUCCCUCCGACGCCGAGUCCCUCUACCGCCGCCGAUUCUCCACCACCGAGUUUUUCCCGCGCGACAUUGACUCCGUCCUCAACAACAACCUCAGCCUCGGGACCUUCCUCGCCGUGCCACGUGGCGAGCUGGCGGAGGAGUCGUGGCCCGGGUCGGAUCAGUUCCUGGCCGACCCGCCCGAGUCGUGGGCCGUGAUCAGCGUCUGGAACUGUAACGAGCUCUUCAAGCUCGAGGUCCGAGGCGCUUCGCGCCUGAAGCGGACUUUCGCGAAGACGACUCGGAUCGUGGACCGGGCGCUCCCUUGGCUGCAGCUGCCUUCGGUCCCGGAGCUAUUCCGCCCUUUCGGGUUUCAUUUUCUCUACGGUCUUGGCGGGGCAGGCCCACGCGCGGCGAAGUUUUUAAAGGCGCUUUGCGGUCACGCACACAACUUGGCCAAGGGAAGCGGGUGUGGGGUGGUUGCUACGGAGGUUUCGAACCGCGAACCGCUUAAGGCGGGAAUUCCACACUGGAAGAUUCUAUCGUGCGCCGAGGACCUAUGGUGCAUCAAGCGGCUUGGAGAAGACUAUAGUGACGGCUCUGUCGGUGACUGGACGAAAUCGCCACCUGGCAUGUCCAUUUUUGUUGACCCCAGAGAGAUCUAGCUAAAUUACGUAAAGAAUCGGAACUAGUAGUUUUUAUCUUCCCGGGUUGUUUGUAGAUUUUUGGGCCCCCUGUGUAACUUUUGUUCUUGGUAGAGUAGAGUGAGCAAAGAUCAGGAUUGGGGAAAGAAGAAGAUUAAGAUAUGGGUUUUGUUUUCUGGUUUAAUUUUUAGUUGUAAAAGGGAAUAUCCAAUCCAAUCUAAUCUUCUCCAUCCCCAGCUUUUGUAAAUGGAAGUGGCUUUUUCAGAUGAUUAGAUCCUCUUCUGGGCCAAAACGCAGCCUUGGUUUCUUGUGGUUCUCAAUCUCUGCUUUCCCAGUUUCGCCUU